AUGGCCACAGGGGUAAAACGCGCUAUACCAGAAGACAAAAAAAAAGUUUCUAUGAAUGGGAUUUGCAAACACAGUGGCACGAGAACAUUAAGUUUAUCACCUGACGGUGCGAUAACACUACAAUUGGAUGCAUCGAAUAACAUUCAUUCGAGUUGUAGAGUCGAACUCGUGGCACCGGAAACUCAUUCCAUAUCUUUGUUAUUUGUAAGAAGAAAAACGUCCAGAGAAAAAAAGACUGAUGUUGUUAAAAACGAUGAUAAGGGAAGGGCAAAAUGUCCUCUCAUCGUGUCGUUUCCGGUUCUCAGGCCGGAAGAAGUGAAAAUGUGUUUGGAUUUAUGUUCGGAAGAAGCAUUUGAAUCUGUCGAACCUUAUACGGAUUUGCUUCCGCCGAAAGUAACGCUUGAAUGGGUUCCAGGAGUAAAAAGUUCAAAUGAUAUACUCGCAUCUGAAAUAGUCGUGGCAGCAGUCGGUAGAGGGCGAGAUAUUUGUUCUCAACCAGAUCAAUUUUCUUGCAAAAGCAUUGGUUAUCCAGUUUAUUGCAUUUCGAAAGAGUUGGUGUGCGAUGGAAAGCGUAAUUGUCCGUUCGAAGGGAGAGACGAAGAUAAAAGACUUUGUUCCCCGGAUGAUAAUUACGAUAAAAUUGGAUUCGGUUUAGCCGAAAGUUCGCAAAUCGGGAGAGGUUGGGAAUUUUUGGCAUCGGAAUUUUUGAAAAAAUUGACGUCAAAAGAAAAUUUGGGGUCGAUAAAAAGAACCGAAUUGCCUUCGACGACAGAAAAACCCAUUAUUUUACAACCCGACGAAGAUAAUUUAAGCGUGAGAGAAUCGGAAAGUCUUCCGGACGUAUUAAAACAUUACGGUCCUUGGGGUUAUCUCAUGUUGGGAAUGCUCAUAUGCGGAACCGUUCUCAUGUUUUGCGGCCUUUGGGAAUGCUGUUGCCGAAGACCGAAAGCGCUGGUGUCGAACGCUGUCGCUCCGGCUCUUUUAAUAAUAAAUUCUGGUGGUUCGCAACAAACGGAAUUGGAAUCACCCUCGACUCCGGGACCGCCGAGAUACGAAGAAUUAGAUCAACCUCCGAGUUACAACGUAUUAUUCCCACAUUCUAAAUCGGAUAAUAAUCUUCCUCCUCCUCCUCCUCUUCCUCCUCCCCCCAAUACUACUAAUAAUAAUAAUAAUAAUAAUCCUCUUCCGAUAACUUUACCAUUAGUCAAUUCUCUUACAAAUUUAUUUAAUAAUCCUUCUAGUCAAAUAAAUUCUUCUUCAUCCGUUCAAAAUAAUAGUUUUACCGGGUCCGAAGUACAAUUAACAUCGUCUCCACCAAACGACCCAAUACUAGAACCUCAAAAUCCGAAUAAUAAUAAUAAUAAUAAUUUAGAUUCUUCGUUGGAAAUAAACGAUUCGUCGGAAUCGAGACCAAAGUGA